AUGAGACUGCCAACGAAACUAGCACUCUCUGUCUGUACCAUGAGACUGCCAACGAAACUAGCACUCUCUGUCUGUACCAUGAGACUGCCAACGAAACUAGCACACUCUGUCUGUACCAUGAGACUGCCAACGAAACUAGCACUCUCUGUCUGUACCAUGAGACUCCCAACUAAACUAGCACUCUCUGUCUGUACCAUGAGACUGCCAACGAAACUAGCACUCUCUGUCUGCACCAUGAGACUGCCAACGAAACUAGCACUCUCUGUCUGUACCAUGAGACUCCCAACUAAACUAGCACUCUCUGUCUGUACCAUGAGACUGCCAACGAAACUAGCACUCUCUGGCUGCACCAUGAGACUGCCAACUAAACUAGCACUCUCUGUCUGCACCAUGAGACUGCCAACUAAACUAGCACUCUCUGGCUGCACCAUGAGACUGCCAACGAAACUAGCACUGUCUGUCUGUACUAUGAGACUGCCAACUAAACUAGCAAUGUCUGUCUGUACCAUGAGACUGCCAACUAAACUAGGACUCUCUGUCUGUACCAUGAGACUGCCUACUAAACUAGCACUCUAG